AUGGAUCCUAGCGGCAAUGAGCUGCGCCCAGAUUUGGUGUUUGGCACCCGGGAUAUAAUCGUAGAACACCAGCGGGGAAUGAUGGUACUGGGAUACCCUUUCUUCUCGCCCAAUCUGUUGUUGCAUGGAGUGGAUCCUCCACAAUUUCAGUUAGUAUCCCCAGACGGACAGAGCGUGGAGAAAGGCGAAAUAAAAGCGGGUGCGGGUAUGUGGCCCCUAGAUCUCCAUUCCAAGGCGGAGGAGUUCAAGUGGUUUGUGUCCAUGGAUCACGGAAAUAUGUAUGAAACGGACGACCAGGGCUGGACUUAUGGCUGGAGGUUUCGCAGCAAACGCUGGAAAGCUGCCAGUGGCUUCGUGAGAAAACGUUUUUGGGUCCGAUUAAGAGAAAACAGUCGUGAGUUGACGCCUGCCAUGAAUGACCCGUGCAGUGAGCGUAUAGCCGGAGUAACCAGUGAAACCCUGUCACCAGUCGAAUCUACUUCUACCUCUCUGGAAGCCGAUUCAGGCUUCGAAAAGCUUUUACUGGCGCUCUCAAAGUUGCCCUUAGAUCGCCAGAAAGCAGAAAAGGUGGUUGCUUAUAUAGACAACUUGCCUCCCGAUGAGAAACUACAAAUGCUGCAACAAGACUCGCCAGCCCUCAAGCGAAUUCUACAACAGUUUCAGUUUAAAGAAAGUAAAGCUCGACUAGUCCAGUACCAGCUUCCCAAGGUUAUAUGA